AUGUCGUUCCCGCGGACAUUUCAACAGCUAAAAAGGCAUGCAAAAAAGACUCGCAGGGGAUGUGCCUUCGGGGCUGAGAUUGAGCUGCAGGAGUUUCAUGAAGAGGUUUAUAGAGUCUCUUUACAAAAGUGCGUCCCAAGAACGACUAGUAUUGCUUCCAAGAUAUGGCUGAACACGAUUCAAGUGAAAGAUGAUAGCUUGAAAGACGUUCCGGGAUUUGAUUUGAGUUAUUCCGUCUUGAGUUUCGUGGCACACAGGCACUGGUUACGCGCAAGAUACGGAGAGGAUACCUUUGACGAAGGCUACGACCUUCUCGCAGGCGAACAGGAGGAACAGCCCAAUGGAGAAGGAGCUGGCGAAGAUGGCAUGCAAAUGGCUGAAGACGGUCAUGCUGGUGUGAACGGAGGCGAUGGCGAACAAGAUAUGGCUGGUCAUGAAGAACCGACGCCUGCGACGGGGAUUGCUGGUGAACGACAACCCAACAAGGUUCGGAUUACAACGCCAUAUCUCACGAAAUACGAGAGAGCGCGAAUACUGGGAACAAGAGCGUUGCAGAUAAGUAUGAAUGCCCCAGUUCUCGUUCCGCUUGAUGGGGAGACGGAUGCCCUUCAAAUUGCCAUCAAGGAGCUCUCGCAACGGAAAAUCCCACUGGUCAUCCGACGCUACCUACCUGACGGCAGCUUCGAGGACUGGAGUGUCUCGGAAUUGAUAACGGACUGA